AUGUUUGCUGCGAGAUUGCUGAGAUUGUCUUCUCCUUCUAAAAAGACGACGACGACGUCGUGUUCGGCGGCUGCUCGAUGCGUGGGAGCAGCAGCGUUUGCGAAUACUACUAAUAGUCUCAGCGGUGGUUUUGCGAGAACAACAACAGCGCUUCUUCUUCAAAAUCAUCAUCAUCAUCGGCGUUUUGGGAAUUUUGCAUUUUUGCCGGCGCAUCAGAGGAGUACUUUUUCUUCUUCUUCUUCUUCUUCUUCUUGUAAAACUUCUUCUUCCGCGAGUUUCGAGGAAAAGGGAAACGACGACGACGCGAAACAAUACCAAUUACGGAAGAAUCAAAGAAGAGGAGAGGAGCGUGGUGGUGUUAGUAUUGGCGGAAGAGGAAGAUUUUUAGGAAGGAGAUCGUUCAGUGCGGAUGCUGGUUCGUCGUCGUCGUCCGAGGAAAGUGAAGGCGUCGUAACGACCACCUCUUCUUUGUCUUCUUCGUCUGAGAGCGCGCGAUUGUCGGCGAUUUUGAGAGCGGAGAUUAAACACGAGGCAGAAUCGUACGAACAGUCGGAAACGGCGAAAGGUGGACCACCGGAUGGGUGGACGCUGAGCGAAAGAGAAGGGGAUUGCGACGUGUACUUGUCCAAGGAAUUUGGCGAAGACGAGGAGAUUUUGGUGCACUUUUCCGCCUCGGACGAUCCGAUGGAAACGGAGUACGGACGAGACGACGAUAACGGCGUGGACGAUGUCAUCGACGAAGGUUUAGGCGACGAGGAUAUCGAGGAGGAGUUUUCUGUGACUGUUUCGAAGACUGGAAGCGGGAAACAGUUGGAAUUUUUUUGCGUCACGGAUGGCGAGUUGAUUGAGAUUCAACACGUUCAAUACGAAGGUUUCGAAUGGAACGAAGGAGGAGGAGGAGAAGGAGGAACCGGUGGUGGUGAUGAUGAUGCAGAAGGCGAGGGUAUUUUAUUUGACGAAGAGUUUGACGACAACAACUAUCCCGGGCCGCAUUUUGAGGACCUGGAUAAAGGCGUCCAGGAUGCUUUUUUAUCGUAUUUAGAAGAGAGAGGAAUAAACGCGGCGUUGGCGGAUUACAUCGUCGAGAAGAGAAUAGAUAAAGAACAGAAAGAGUAUACGAGUUGGUUGGAAAAAGUCACAGACUUUCUCAAAUAA